AUGCAGACAUUUAACAAGUUUCCGAUUGCCUUUCUUGUUUUAUCCAUUGGCGGAUUGUUGCGAUUAUCAUUAGCGGCCAAUUGGUAUACAACCUAUGAUGAUCGUCGAUAUUACAUAGAGGAUUCACCUAAGUAUAACUGGCUUCAAGCCCUCGAUGAAUGUUCCCGACGAGGUUUACAACUUUUUGUCAUUGAUGAUCCCUCAAAAAAUACAGCCUUAGUAAAUUUUCUCAAAUUAUUGUAUGGAAAACCUCUUGAUUUAUGGAUUGGUCAUCAUGAUGAGUUCAACAACGAUGCAAAUCGCACCUGGUACUCGGCAGCUUCUGGAGGGGCCAUAAAUUAUGGUAACUGGGCUAAAGGAGAACCAAAUAAUCGCUUUGGAGAACAUUGCGUACAAUUAUAUCGCAAAUCGGAUUUCCAAUGGAAUGAUGAAGACUGCGAUGAUCAUUAUUUUGGUUAUAUUUGUGAGGAACACUUUUUAACUGGCAAAUGUCACAAGGAUUUGGAGCAUAUUUCUUCCAUUGAUAGCAGAUUUAUAGGCGUGGAUUUUUAA